AUGGAACCAGAGGCUUCCGAAGCCACUGGCAAUUCAGACAUUUCAAUCGAGAAGAUUCAGGGAUUGCUCAAGACGAAAAAUGAUACCUCAAGAUUCGUCGGACUGGCCCUGCUCAAGUCUGUGCUGGACAACUCAAAGGAGCUGAGAGAGGACGAGGCAGCGUUAUCUGAGCUCUGGGGCUGCAUAUCACCAAAGUUUCUAGAUCGGCUACUGCGGACGGGCUCAGCUCCCAGCCAUUCUCAGAAGGAUGCCAAGGAUAUGCUGGACUUGGCCGUUGCUGUCGUACACACCUUUACUAUUCUCCUCCCGGAGAGUAAAAGAUCGGAACAGAAACUAGUCGGCAGGAUUCCCUUGCUAGUUGCUUCUCUAGUUGACAGCUCGGCUGAAACAACUGAUUUAAUCCUGCAAACAAUCACUACUCUUGUAAGCCAGCCCGAAGGGGCGGCUGUCCUGAAUAAAAUAGAUGAUCUCAGCCCCCUCACGGAAAUUGCUCCGUCCCACAAGUUGGCAUUGGACAUCCUGUCCUUCUCAUGGCUCAACGCCAUGGCCAACGGUGAGGAUAUGGCUGGGAUGCGCUCCAAGAUCGACCAAACGAUCCAGUCUUUGGUUGCAACUUUCAAAGGAACCGACGGCGUUACCCUGUUAGAGUUCCUUGCCCAGGUCCUGAGUGAUCUGGACUCCCAGCUCAUACCGCAAAAUCCCAAAUGGCUCGCGCAGGUUGUCGCAUUCAUCCGUAGCCUCGUCAUCAGCCGGCCAACACCGGCCGGGCGAGCAGCCUACACCAACCUCGCCGCCGCCCUCCUGCAGCUCUACCCCAUCGCCGCCCCAACUCUCCUCUUCUCAGACAGCAGCCGCACCUCUGCGCCCAGGUCACCAGACGCCAAGCCAUUCUCGUAUCUCCUCGUGAACCUCAUGCUUAUCGACCUGCGGUCAUCCCUGCCCUCGCUGUUGGAGAAGCUCAACAGCCCAGAAUACCCUUCCACCUCCCGCCGCCUGGCCUCCGCAUUCGACACGCUGUCCGCCUUCAUCGGCUACCUCGUCCGCGCCGCAACCAUCGACGAUGGCGACUCCUCCUCCUCUUCCGCACUCAGCGGCAUGCCGCCCCCAGACCUGCUCCUCAAGCUCCGCAAGUCCAUCUCCGAGACCAUCUCCCUGACCAUAGAGCACCUCCGCGACCGGUACGACGCCGCCGUCGCCGGUGCCCCGGGCCUGCACCCGUCGGCCCGCGCCGGCGGUGCCGGCGCCAGCCCGUCCCUGACGUGGGACUCCAAGACCACGCCCUCCUCCGCCGCAGCCGACCCCUUCGUCCUCUCCGCCGUCCGCGCCACCGCCCUCUGGCUCCGCGAGGACGACAACGACACCCUCCGCCGCGAGGCCGCCGGCGGCCUGACCGACAUGCUCCUCGACCUCUACCGCGCGAGCUGCCGCGCGACCCCGCCGCCGGCCCUCGACUUCCGCCGCCCCGCCCUCGUCGCGCUCGAGGGCAUGACCGCCGCCCCGGGUGCCGAGGACGACGACCCGGACGACGGGGGCGUCGCGGCCCUGCUCGGCCACGACGGCUGGUCCGUCCUCACGCGCGACAUGCUGUCCAUCCUCGAGGACGCUCCUACCGUCGCUGCCGCGGCCGCCGCCGAGGGUGAGGCCGCGCGCGGCAUCGAGAUCGUGCGGGUGCUCAUGCCCAUCGUCGAGGCCGAGCAGCCCGGCACGCGCGAGGAGUGGAUGGACCUCGUGACGCUGGUGGCGGGCUGGCACGUCCCCGACGACGUGGCGGGCGCCGGCAGCAGUCACGGCCAGCCCACGGUUCUGCUCGACUUCUACGUGGCGGUGCUGCAACUCGUGACGGCCCUGCUGGUCCGCGCACACGAGGGCAUGAGGAGGAGAUACGUCCAGUCCAUCAGCGCGGUCCUCGGCAUUGCGGCUCAGCUCAGGGCCAGGGUUGAUGCCGUUGGAGAGCGAGGUCUUUCCGAGUCGCUAGAGGAUGUGCUUGUCACUCUAGACCCUUUACGAUGA